GAAAUUUACAAGGAAAGGCUUGUUUGGCCGCUUGGCUGUCGUUGAGGGUUGAAGUUGCGGGGACCCGGGCCGGGUUGAAGGAGGAGGGGGACGAUGGCUGAUCCGGCGCCCGAAUCGUUGACGCCGCCGCUGCCGCUGGAAGAGGCAGCGAUGGAGACAGAGGCCUCGGAUGCCGCAGCGAGAGGGGAGAAAGCGAAUGAGAACGGACCAGGCGAGACGGUGAAGGGCGCUGUGAUCCUGGAGACGGAAGCAGGAGAAACGGAAGAAGGGCGUGAUGGACGGGGAGAAGAGUCCCUGGAGCCCGCGCCAAAUGCCCGCAUUUCUGAGCCACAGGAAGAACCAGAAAACCUUAAACUAGGUAAACAAGUGGUUUGUUUGUUUGUUUACCUUCUGCCUCCUUUCACAAAUCUCAUUAUUGCGUACUUGUUUUAAAUCCUAUAACUGAUUACUCACAUUGGGGUUUUUGUUUUCCAAACUAAGCUGUAUUACAAAAGUACAAUAUGGAUCACAGCGUAACUAUAAGUUUAUGCCACUCCCUCUAUGAACAGUUUUCCAGGAUUCAGAUUACAUUUGACUGAAACACAAUCCAUUCUAUGAGUAGGAUUAAGUAUCUUGUUAAUAUAUUUGUUCUACUACAAUACAGUAGUACCUUGGGUUACAUACCCUUCAGGUUAAAUGCGCUUCAGGUUACAGACUCCGCUAACCCAGAAACAUUACCUUGGGUUAAGAACUUUGCUUCAGGAUGAGAACAGAAAUCGUGCAGUGGCAGCGCAGCGCAGCAGCAGCAGGAGGCCCCAUUAGCUAAAGUGGUGCUUCAGGUUAAGAACAGUUUCAGGUUAAGAACAGACCUCCAGAACAAAUUAAGUACGUAACCAGAGGUACCACUGUAUCUAGUUCUAAUUUCCCCCUCUUUACAGUGUUCAUUGUUUCCCAUAACGUAUAACCAAAACAAAUGAUGCCUUUAGUUAACUCCACAUUUCAUUUUUUUAAAUUAAUCCAACCCUUCUUCAGUUGAUCCUGUUUUCCAUUUAAAAAGACCAAACCAUUUUAUCUGUAGUUGGAGCUGACGUUGGUUACCAUUUUUUACAUUUUCCAUGCCAUUGUUCCUUCCAAAGAACUUGGCUUGGUGCAAAUCCUGUUGUUGUUGUUUUGUAACAACCACCUUGUUAGGUAGGUUAACCUGAGAGGCUGAUGCAGUGACCCCUCUGAACAAAGAGCCUCUUUUCCUAAACAUAAUGCUGUCAGCAAAACCUACUGUGUGAAUGUAUUUGGAAUAGUGCGUACAGUUCUGAUUGGCUCACCUCAGAACAGUCUAAAUGUAGAGUUGGAAAAAGUUAAGAAAAGGGUAAGCAAAAUGAUCAAAGAGAUGAAGUAACUCCUCUAUGACUGAAGGUUGCAGCAUUGGGGAUUUUUUAGUUUAGAGAGCAGGUGAGUAAGAGCUGACAUGAUAGAAGUUUAUAAAAUUAUGUGUAUACACACACACACACACACACAGUGGUACCUUGGGUUACAUAUGCUUCAGGUUACAUACGCUUCAGGUUACAGACUCCAUUAACCCAGAAAUAUUACCUUGGGUUAAGAACUUUGCUUCAGGAUGAGAACAGAAAUAAUUGUGCAGCGGCGGUGCGGCGGCAGCAGGAGGCCACAUUAGCUAAAGUGGUGCUUCAGGUUAAGAACAGUUUCAGGUUAAGAACAGACCUCCAGAACGAAUUAAGUUCUUAACCCGAGGUACCACUGUAUAUAUACUUCCCAUUGUGGCCACUGUGAGAGCAGGAUGCUGGACUAGAUGGGCCACUGCCCUGAUCCAGCCAGAGCGCUUCAUAUGUCCUUACACUGGGACCUCUGAACCUGAAGGAAUACUUCUUUCCAUAUGAAGCCACCAAGGCCUUAAAAUCAGCAACCCAGCAACAUCUGGAGCACAGCUGGGUCCCUACCUAGGAAUUAGGCCUUGCACUUUAGUAGAAAGGCAUUAUGAGUGUGCUAAAAGCGACCAGUGUUUAAUGCAUCACAAGUUUUCUAUAUGUUCUGUGUGGAACUGCAAAAUAUUUAAGUAGCAUGUUUUUUAAAAAAUGGCUUCAUCUGAUGUGUUCAAGAAUAAAUCAAUUGGACGUAUGAUUUCUCUCUCUCUCUCUCUCUCUCUGGCCUAAGACGAGGGUGAAGGCGGAGAAAGCGAUAGUGAAUGCAGCAGCUGCAGCGAUUAUGGGAGUCAUGGCAAGCCAGGGACCUCUUUGCAAAGGCUUGUGCCAGAGAGGAAUGCCCUCUUCCCAGACACUUUCCAGACAAACAACCUCCUGUUCUAUGAGCGGUUUAAGACCUAUCAGGACUACAUGUUGGGUGAGUAGCCUCUUGGUUUCCGAGGCUGUGCUCUUGAUAUCGGGGUUCCAGAUUUAUUUACGGUUUCUGUAUUUGUCAAUUUAUUUACACCUUGCCUGUUUCAGGUGCAAACCUUCACAAGGUGGCUUACAGAAUGACCAAUAAAUGAAUAAGUAUAGGCAUGAAAACUGAUGAGUUAAAAUGGCAGCAGCUAAAACAUUACACCUGGAGAGUCAAUAAAGCCAGGCAGAACAACAACAGCGAGUCUGUUUUAAAAUGAGGGUUGUGCGGGGGUUGAAUUCUGUUUAUUGCCAUUUCAGCACAGGUUAAUAUCACCAUUAAGCUGCAAGUUCAAACCUGCGUCUGAGUUAACUACAGGCCAGGGAUUCUACCAGCUGAGCGUUUCCCCCCUUUAAAAUCUGGCUGGGAUUCAGGCACCAUUUCUGAGCUGCAAAUCACCCAGUGAUUCACCAGUAGAUUCCAACCUCUUAUCUUCUCUCUGCCCAAAUGGAAAUUAUAGCCCAUUGUUGCAAACCUUCUCUCCUAGGAGGUAUUUGUGUGGGUUUGCAGCAGAUUGUGAGCCCCUCCUAGUUUCCGCAAGGUCUGUGCUGCUCAAAUUCUUGCAGCUAGCGAAAGGGGGUUGGGGACUUGCGGCUUCUCCAUAUUUCAUUGUCUCCAACCCUGCUCAGCCCAAGCUAGCAUGGCCAGUGGUCAGGGAAGAUGGGAGCUGGAGUCCUGCAGCACUUGCAAUGCCUUGGGAUCCCUAACCCUGGCCUGUUGGCUUCCUUAAUGUUGCCCAGUAACAAUUGAGCAGUUCUCAUUGUAUCUCUUUGUGCAUUGAAAGUGCUCACCUAAAAUCAUCAUCAUCAUCAUUUAUACCCCGCCCAUCUGGCUGAGUUUCCGCAGCCACUCUGGGCGGCUCCCAAUCAAGUGUUAGAAACAAUACAGCAUUAAAUAUUAAAAACUUCCCUAAACAGGGCUGCCUUCAGAUGUCUUUUAAAGAUAGGAUAGCUGCUUAUUUCCUUCACAUCCUAAGGGAGGGCAUUCUACAGGGUGGGCGCCACUACCGAGAAGGCCCUCUGUCUGGUUCCCUGUAACCUCACUUCUUGCAAUGAGGGAACUGCCAGAAGGCCCUCGACGCUGGAUCUCAGUGUCUGGGCUAAACGAUGGGGGUGGAGAUGCUCCUUCAGGUAUACAGGACUGAGGCCGUUUAGGGCUUUAAAGGUCAGCACCAACACUUUGAAUUGUGCUCGGAAACGUACUGGGAGCCAGUGCAGAUCUCUCAGGACCGGUGUUAUGUGGUCCCGGUGGCCACUCCCAGUCACCAGUCUAGCUGCCGCAUUCUGGAUUAAUUGCAGUUUCCGGGUGACUCCUUUUCAUUUGUUUUCUGUCUGCUCUGCUCACAAACACAUUCAGGGCAUUGCCUGUGUAUUUUCUGAUGCGUGGAUGUGUGUAAUCUCCCCUCCCCCCCUAUUUGAUUUCCAGCUGACUGCAAAGCCUCAGAGGUCCAAGAAUUCACAGCAUCGUAUUUGGAGAAGGUCCUUGAGCUGUCCGGGUGGCAGGCAGUGUGGCGCACCAGCGUGUUUGAGGUCCUGGUUGAAGUAAGUGCAGCCGGGCAGCCCAGAGGCUUGGUUCCACGUGAAUCAUUGACAAGAGCUGGGUGUUUAGAUGCUCGCCUUGUGCUAGGGGGAUUGCUUUCGUUGCAUGACCCAAUGUGCAAUAUAAUAACAAAAUAAAAAUUCAAAACAUUAUUAUUUGCACGUUUACUCAAAAUCCAGUGAAAACUGUUUCAUUUAAUUCAGCACCAUUGAUGAUUUUGAUCCAGCAGUACCAGCUUUUCACAGUCUCUUUUUAAAUAAUAUUUUUUCCAUAUAGAAAAUUACACUUGUUACUCAACAAUUAUAUAACAAGAGUUAAACACACCUCCAGCAUUGCCCUGCAUCCCCCUUGCCUCUUAGCACCCCACUAGGUAUUCCCUCCACCCCCAGAUGGCAGUACCAGCCCUGUUGGGAGCUACUGUUUUUAACAGGGUGUUUUAAUUGUUGUAAUCCACCCUGGGAUGUUACAGUGAAGGACGAGGUGUUGUUAGAAUCAUAGAAUUGUGGAAUUGCUCUGGUUCCCAAGGGUCCUCAAGUCCACCCCAUUGCAGCGCAUGUGUUGCAGCUAAAGCAUCCCGGACAGGUGGCCACCCAGUCUCUGUUUGGAAACCUGCAACAAAAGAGAGUCCUCUUUCCAAGGGCUUCCGUUCCACUACCAAAAGCAGAUCUCAGCAUCCAAAAUUCCUUCCGAAUGUUUAGUCGGAAUUCUCGUAACUUGAAUCCAGUGAUUCGAGUCUUACCCUCCUCUGGAGCAGCAGAAAACAAGCUGCUUGUUAUUAAUGAAUAGUAUUAUUAAUACUAUUCUUAUUACAUUGAGUUUUUUUGGAGGGUCCUUGAAGCCAUUCUCCUGCCCCCAGAUGGCGCUGCGCAGACCAUGAAGGUGCCUCUUCUUGCCUCUCUUUUUAACACAACAGGUUGUUGAUGUGGAUUACUCUGCUCUGAAGGCGGUGGUGCACCUCUGUGACCCUUUCCUGUGUGAGACUCGUGAGGGCGAUGCCUUCACUCAGGAGUGUAUACAGGAGCUUUUAGAAGUGAAGGCGCAGAAGCUGCCGUUGCGGGAGUUGUGGGUUGUCUUUGACGAGUCGGGGGAAUUUGACCACACCGCACUGGCUGUCGAGCACGUCAGGUAAGAUUACGUGGCCUGCCUAUGCUGGGGACCUGCUCGCCCAUGGCUUGGCCCUAGACCCAACAUGAUAGACAUUUAUGAAAGAGAGAGAGAGAGUGUGUUUUCUCUCUCAUAACCUAGAACUCAUGGACAUCUAAUGAAGCUGAAUGUUGGAAGAUUCAGGACAGGCAAAAGAAAGCACCUUUUCAUGCAUUAAUGUAUUUUACUAUUUUGUUGGAAGCUGCCCAGAGUGGCUGGGGGAGCCAAGCCAGAUAGGUGGGGUAUAAAUAAUAAAUUAUUAUUAUUAUUAUUAUUAUUAUUAUUAUUAUUUAUUAUUAUUAAACUGUGGAACUCAAUGACACAGGAGGAUGUGGCGUUGGAUGGCUUUAAAAGAGGAUUGGGCAAAUUUAUGGAAUAAAGUUCUUCCAAAGGCUGCUAGCCAAGAUGGCUAUGCCCUGCCUCCAUGGUCAGAGGCAGCAAUGCUUCUGAAUGCCAGUUGCUGGAAACCACAGAGGUAUUUUUUUCCUGCUUUCCCAUAGGCAUAUGGUCGGCCACUGUGAGAACAGGAUACAGGACUAGAUGGGCCACUGUCUUGAUCCAGCAGGCUCUUCCUUGACAUCCUUAACAUUUCCCCCUUUUUGUUUUUGAAGGUUUUUCUACAAGCACCUCUGGCGGAGCUGGGAUGAAGAGGACGACGACGACUUCGAUUAUUUUGGCAGAUGUGUUGAACCUCGGCUCAGGCUGUAAGUCCCUCUUGAAAACAUUUCUGAGCUUCUGCUCCCAACUCCAAAGGAGUUAUGUUGUAUUGCAAAUGUGCUGGUGGCAGUGAAUCUUCCCACGUAGUUUUGGCACAGAGUUGGUGUCCUGGCUGGGAAUGCUCAGUUACUUGGGCAACAAACCCGCUUGCAGUGCAGCUCCUGUGAGGGAAGGGGAAGUUGUCAGCUUGACUGAGUGUGAAACCUUGUUGGUGAGGAUGGAGAACUGGAAAGGUCCCAAGAAGCAUGUGGGGUUAAGAGGCAAGAAAAGGGUGCAGAGGAGGAACACAUAGGAAGUGUAUGUGGAGAAUGAGGCGAGGCUUGAAGAGAUGGGGAAUUGAGUUGAGAGGUUAACUGGAGAGCGAGCUCUGAAGAAACGUCAGCACAAUACUGGGGCCACCCAAUGAAGGUGAAUAGGAGACGCUUACAGGACAAGUAAGAAGAAAUACUUUGGUCAGUGCUUAGCUGGACUAUGUUAUUCACUGCCGCAACACUUAGAGAUGACUUUAAAUUGGCACCAGACAGAUUGGUGGAGGAAAAUGCUGUCAAAGACUAUAUACUAGUCAUGAUGGCUAUAUACUAGGGCUGUGCAUUGGUUUUGUGUGUACCCCGAGUAACAAGGCAAAUCAGGGUGAUUUGGGUCAGACUCUCACGUUCCUGAGUCAGAUAGCACGGUUAGCAAGCUGUCUCAAAUUGCAUCAUGGACUGUCUAAGCUUCUGAACCUUUCUGUGGCUUUGGCUGCCUCAAAACGUAAACACGCAACUCCCUGACCCCUCCACUUUAGUUCUGAAAACAUUGCUGUGGAAGCAAUCAUGGGGACAGUUCUAGGAGUGUUUUCUAAAUUAUAUCACAUGCAUGGGGUCACUUUACCUCUAGGUGGUGCUGUAACACCAACAGUAGGAUUUUUUAGGCAAGAAGAGGCACUUUGAGGAGUUCUGUCCAAAUUAAAAUAAAAUUGGGCGUUCUGAGUUUCCCUGCAGCGGCCCAGGGCUGUAUGAUAGAUUUAAAACAGGGUUUUAUCCCCUUUCUCCCCCCUCUUUUUUUGGCUGAGUCCAUCUUAAAAAUUACCCACUUCCCCACCUGUUUCUUGCUUCACAACUCUCUUUUGCUCUGAAAGAUUUUACUGUUCCAUUUCUGGUGCACCUCCCCCCCCUCCCCGAUCUCAAAGUGGCAUAGACCUCUCCAUCUCAUCCGCACAACAACCCUGUGAGGUAUGUUAGGCUGUGAGGGUUGGUGACCGGCCCAAGGUCACCCAGUGAUGUUUGUAGCAGAGGAGGAGUUCUGAACCCUGGUCUCCCAGGUCCUAGUCCAGCAAAUCUAACCACUACACCACACUGGCUCCAAAGUAUUGCAGGUCAUAUUACGAACCCAAAGUAUCAAAUGUGGUGACAGUAAUAAUAAUACAACAAAACAACACCACCACAAACUGGCUUAUAAGUAUAAAACCAAAUUUACUAGAAUACAGUGGUACCUUGGGUUAAGUACUUAAUUCGUUCUGGAGGUCCGUUCUUAACCUGAAACUGUUCUUAACCUGAAGCACCACUUUAGCUAAUAGGGCCUUCUGCUGCUGCCACGCCGCUGGAGCACGAUUUCUGUUCUCAUCCUGAAGCAAAGUUCUUAACCUGAAGCACUAUUUCUGGGUUAGCGGAGUCUGUAACCUGAAGCGUAUGUAACCCGAGGUACCACUGUAAUAGCUAGAAUAGAGAUAGACUUGUAACCAUUCAAACAACAAAGAUACUGUAAACAUGUAGAGGAUAAAUAUACAACUGUAUCUCCAGGCUUUGUCUUGCACAUGGCACCUUAGUAUGUUUGUUGUUUGAAUGGUUAUAUGUCUAUCUCUAUUCUAGCUGCUAUUUUGGUAAAUUUGGUUUUAUACUUAUAAGCCAGUUUGCGGUGGUGUUGUUUUGUUGUAUCAUAUUACGAACCCAGCCUUAAGAAGAACGGCUGAGGGAGCUGGGUAUAUUUAGCCUGGAGAAGAGCGAGUGGUGAUAUGAUAGCCCUCUCCAGGUAUCUGAAGGGCUGUCAUGUGGAAGAUGGAGGAAGCUUGUUUUCCUCUGCUCUGGAGGGCAGAAUCCGAACCAGUGAAUUCAAAUGACAAGAAAGGAGAGCCUGACUGAGCAUGAGGAAAAACUUUCUGACUGUAAGAGCUGUUUGGCCAUGGAGCAGCCUCCCUUGGCAGGCGGUGAGCAAUCCAUCCCUGGAGAUUUUUAAACAGGGGUUGGAUGGCCACUGUCAGAUGGCUGUUGCGGUUGCUCGAGAGUAAGCAGGCAGGACUCCGACCUGUCUUUUACAGGCUUUAUUUUGGUGCAAACUAUUUACAGUGAAGAGCAUCAUAAGUUCAUGUCUGGCUCAAUCGCUAGCAGAAUCCGGGAGUGGUCUUUUUUUGUACCUCCCCCAACAUAAAAGUUUCGUUACCCCCCACCGUUUCCGCCCCUCCCUGCGCCUCAGACUACUGCGCGAUGGCAAGGGCGUGCUUCCCUCCUCUCCGACUUGCUCAGGAGCGGUGUUAAGGCUCUCACUAGCAUCCUCUGGUCCUUGCACCUCUUCUCCACUAGAGGUGGGGCUUUCCUCCUCCCCAAAAGAGGAACUGCUUCGCAAGAUUUUCAGAGGCUCCCUGUAACACGACUGCCCUUCUAUUUCUGGCCUCUGAGCCGGUGGCAGUUCCCUGACAGCCACCUGUCAGCGAUUCAUUAGCUGUGAUUUCUGCGUUGCAGAGGGUUGGACUAGAUGAGCCUUGGGUGUUCCUUCCAACCCUAGAUUUUUAUGAUUCUAAGGUGCUACUAGGCUCUGGGUUGUGGUCUUCCCCCCCCCCCCCCAGCAGACUACCCUAGCUGUUCCUCCUGGAAUUUCUUUAUUCUGGCUUCCUUCCUGCAAUGUUUGAUUCUUGGGCCUCUUCCCCCAGUCAAUGACAUCCUAAUUUUGAAUUCCAGGUACUAUGACAUUGCUGAAGAUCGUGUCCCUUCCGCGCUGGUGGCGGACUACCACGGCCUUCUCUCCCAGUGUGAAGAGCUCUACCGCAGGUUUCUAGUCCUCAGGAACAGCCUCGCAAGUAGCGAUUCCGACACAGAAGCAGAGAAUGUCUCUGUGGUGGAAGGGAUGAAACUCUACAACAGGAUAGAGCACCUGAAACAAAAGUUAAAGCUUAUUGAAAACCCUCUUUUGAGGUAAUGCAUUUUCAUUUUAAUUGAAUAUAUAUAUAUAUAUUUACUGCCUUUUGAAUAAAAAAAUAACAAAGCUGUAGGGCUUAGUGACCAGCGUUGCAUUUGGGAUCUUGGAAGAUCUUUUCUUCCUGGAUUCAGUCCAACCAUGGAUUAAUCUUGGGUGGCUUUGCCCAGUCUUGGGGACAAGACAGACAAUAUUUUAAACAUGUGACUGCAUGUUUAAUCUGUCCCCCCCCUUUAAAAAAAUAGCUUGUGUGUGAGGGUGGGUGGGGUAAGCUAUCAGGACCAUGGGGAGGGGGCUUAACCCUUUCUUUCCCACACUGUCUUCCAUUCUGGUGGGAUACUGGUAUAAUGGCCACAUUCCUCCAAGAACAAGUAACUGCUUGGGAGUGGGAGUCCCACCUCCCCGUCCCCCGGGUCUAAAAAGGAUUAGACAAAUUCAUGGAGAAUAAGGCUUGCAGUGGCUGCUUGCCGUGAUGGCUGAGCUCCACCUCCAUAAUCAGAGGCCGUCAUGUUUCUGAAUCCCAGUUGCUGAAAGCCACAAGUGGAGACAGUGCUCAAAUCCUGCUUGCUGGUUUUCUCACAGGCAUCUGGUACCUCGGGUUAAGUUCUUUAUUCGUUCCGGAGGUCCGUACUUAACCUGAAACUGUUCUUAACCUGAAGCACCACUUUAGGUAAUGGGGCCUCCUGCUGCCUCCGCGCCGCCAGAGCACGAUUUCUGUUCUCAUCCUGAAGCAAAGUUCUUAACCUGAAGCACUAUUUCUGGGCUAGCGGAGUCUGUAACCUGAAGUGUAUGUAACCCAAGGUACCACUGUAUGAGAACAGGAUGCUGGACUAGAAGGGCCCCCUUUGGCCUGAUCCUGCAGGUUGUUCUUAUGUUCUCAUGGUGCCAUUGUUGACUGAUGGGAAAUGUAGUGCCUCACAUAGGCUACCCAUGGGUUAAUCCUGAACUCUACCUUCCCCCACAUACUAUAGUCCUGACCCUGAUUUUUGUGUGGGUGGGGUGGGGUGUGUGUCCUCUAUUUUUACAAGAGAAAAUAUGUUCUGUACAAUUAUUCAUUUGUCUGCACCGUCCAUCUAGAAACUGAACGUGCUUAAGGAACAUUCUCUCUUUCUUGCAGGUAUGUGUUUGGCUACCAGAAGCACGCUCGCCUCCAGGCGAGGGGAGUGCGCCCCUCGGGCGCCACCAUCACCCAUAUUGUGUCUGCCACCAUGAUGUCAAGCCUGCUGCAGUGUCUGCUCAGGGACAAAUUUUCUCCAGAGUCUUGUAAUGAAGAAAUGGAAAUACAGGUACGGUGGUCCAGGGUUGUUUGGAAUGUUGUUGUUGUUGUUUGCCUGCAUCACAGAAUCAUAGAAUUGUAGAGUUGGAAGGGACCCUGAGGAUCAUUCAGUGCAGGAAUAUACAACCCCAUAUGGGGAUUGAACCUGCAACCAUGGCGUUAUCUGCACCAUGCUCUAACCAACUGAGCUAUCCAGGCUGAAAGCUUUGCUGUAGGGAAGCAGCGCUUUCUUGACAUAUGGGGAAGUUGCAGUUGGAAGUGGUGACUGCAUGCUGUAGGCUGUCCAUCCAUGAAUUAACAUUAUUUAAGGCAGAAUUAAAAUUUCUGGAAAGAGACAGAGUCUUUAGGUAGCUGCCAAUGACCCUAGACUACAACUCCCAUCAUUCCCAGCCAGCAUGGCUGAUGGGAGCUGUAAUCCCUCAACAACAUCUCAAGGCCACCAGGUUGGUGAAGGCUUGGAGCAUGGCAUUGACUUGGUCAGGCAUCUUCCCAUUUUCGUGUGAUUUUUUCCAGGUACAGUGGUGCCUCGCAAGACGAAAUUAAUUCGUUCCGCAAGUUUUUUCUUCUUGCGAGUUUUUCGUCUUGCGAUGCACGGUUUCCCAUAGGAAUGCAUUGAAAAUCAAUUAAUGCGUUCCUAGGGAAACCGACUUCAGACCAGGUCCGGGGGACAGACUGUCCCCGGACCUCUUCUGAAGGCUGGGGGGACAAGGGCUUUUCUUCCCACCCCCAGCAUUUUAAAACCCGGGACAGCGGAGGGCUUCUCCGCUGUCCGGGCGAUCUUAAAAUGCUGGCGGGCGGCAUUUUAAAAUUGCCCCGGGACAGCGGAGGACUUCUCCGCUGUCCGGGGCAAUUUAAAGCCCCUGGGAAGGCAGGCAGGGGGACAAAGACUUUGCCCCCCGCCAGCCUUCAGAAGAGGUCCUGGACCUCUUCUGAAGGUUGGCGGGGGCGAAAGUCCUUGUCCCCCCACCUGCCUUCAAAAGCUGUCCAGCCAAGGCUUCGCGGACCUCUCCGCAAGCAGCGGCAGCGCUGCCGCUGCUUGCGGAGAGUUGCCGGCAUGCCGAAGCCUGCGCGCGCUGAGAUCAGCGCGCCCAGGCUCGCGGACCUCUCCGCGAGCAGCGGCAGCGCUGCCGCUGCUUGCGGAGAGCUGCCGGCAUGCCGAAGCCUGCGCGCGCUGAGAUCAGCGCGCCCAGGCUUCGCGGACCUCUCCGCGAGCAGCGGCAGCGCUGCCGCUGCUCGCGGAGAGCUGCCGGCAUGCCGAAGCCUGCGCGCGCUGAGAUCAGCGCGCCCAGGCUUCGCGGACCUCUCCGCGAGCAGCGGCAGCGCUGCCGCUGCUCGCGGAGAGUUGCCGGCAUGCCGAGCCUGCGCGCGCUGAGAUCAGCGCGCCCAGGCUUCGCGGACCUCUCCGCGAGCAGCGGCAGCGCUGCCGCUGCUCGCGGAGAGUUGCCGGCAUGCCGAAGCCUGCGCGCGCUGAGAUCAGCGCGCCCAGGCUUCGCGGAUCGGAGAUUUCCCUAUGGGCUUGCUUCUGCGAAGCAAGCCCAUAGGGAAAUUCGUUUUGCGAAGCGCCUCCAAAACGGAAAACCCUUUCGUCUAGCGGGUUUUUCGUCUUGCGAGGCGUUCGUCUUGCGGGGCACCACUGUAAUGGAUGGGUGGAGAGAACCUUGAUGUGGCCUUCCAGCUGUUGCUGGACUACCCCUCCCAUCGUCCUUUGCCCUUCCCAUUGGCCACAGUGACCAGGGUUUGUGGGUGUUGGAGUUCCACAUCAUCUGAGUGGCCAAAGCUUUCCCACCACUGCCACAACGUCCUGGGCACAUGUCCUCUAAAACUGUGAAGACCUGGAAUGGAGAGAAGGUCUGAGUCCUCUCCCAGCAUCUGAACAUUGCUUUUGAUGUUAUCUCUUUCCUCUUCCUCAGUUCCACAGCAACCCGCUGUCUGCUAUGAAUGCCUGCUAUGCAGGGGACAGGAUCGUGGUUUGCCCUGGUCACUACCUUGUGGAGGGCACCUUGUGCAUCGCCGACAGCAUUGAACUGGAAGGUUAGAGCUUGUGUUUGCUGAAAGUCUUGGUGGGUUUUCCUCCUUCUCUAUGAAACCAGGAGUGGGGGAACCUGGACUCCAACUCCCAUCAGCCUCAGCCUAUAUGGGACUUCAAUCCCAGGAGAAAUUGGGUAGGGAGAAGUAUUAUUUCUCAUUUUUUCCUGAAACUAAAACUCGCGGACAUCCAACGAAGGUUCAGGACAGAUAAAGAAAAGGAAGGACUUAUUUAUGAAGUUAAUAGUUUAACCGUGGAACUCGGUCCCAUAGGAGGCAGUUAUGGCCACUGACUUAAAGGUAAAGGGACCCCUGACCAUUGGUUCCAAUCGUGGCCGACUCUGGGGCUGCGGCGCUCAUCUCGCUUUAUUGGCUGAGGGAGCCGACGUACAGCUUCCGGGUCAUGUGGCCAGCAUGACUAAGCCACUUCUGGUGAAUCAGAGCAGCGCACAGAAACACCGUUUACCUUCCCACCGGAGCGGUACCUAUUUAUCUACUUGCACUUUGAGGUGCCACCGACUUAGAAGGCUUUAAAAGACAAUUACAGUAGUCAAAUUCAUUGAGGAGGAGAGGGCGAUUGAUGGCUACGCGCCAUGAUGGCUUGGUUCCACCUCCACAGUUGGCUUCUGAAUACCAGUGGCUGGAAACCACAGGAGGGGAGGGGGAUCUUGAGCUGGAAUCCUCCUUCUGGAUUUCCCACAGGCACCAGGUUGGCCACCGUGAGAUCAGGAUUCUGGACUAGAUGGGCCAUUGUCCUGCAGGAGCCAGAUAUUUGCCCUCAAACGGGUGGGAGAGGAGACUGUACAAUGGGGCUUACACAUGUGUAGGUCUUUAUGUGGAGUAGCUGUCUAACAUGUUCUGCACAUCAUGGAGGAAGGGGCAUGUGUGAGGAAGCAGCACCCCUUUCCGGUUAAGUCAGUGGGCCUGUCCCCUUGUUCUGCACAGAAAUUUAAUAGAUAAAAUAUAGGAAGAAACUCCUCUUCUAUAGAAAUGUGUAUAUAUAAGAGCUAUGGCGAUCAGUCAAUCCUCUUAGCUCUGUUGCUAUUCCUUCAUGUUCUGAUAUUUCACUGACACUGGCUGGACUUUCUGAAGUGUAUCUCCAUAGCUAGCCACCCUCAUCCAGGAAUAUGGGUCCAAAAUGAAAUGCUUAUUUAUUUGUAAAAACGUUUGUAUAUCGCUGUAUCAUUAAAAUAACCAAAACAGUUUACAGCAUUAAAAACAUAGAACUAAAACUAAAAACAAGCAUCAAUUAACCAUGGUAGAGGGAUGUAUUCUUAAUUGCCUGCAUAGGCCUGGCGAAAUAGAAAAAAGUUUUCAGUAGGCGUUUAAAAGUUGGCACAGAAGUUCUAGUGGCAGUGAGUUCCACAGGACUGGAGCGAUGUCAAACGAGCCUCGCCAACUCAUGAUCCUGCAGGUUAUCUCCCUGACUGAGCUUGGAUAUAUAAGGGUUCAUUCAGGCAGUGCUGGAAAUGCUUCUGUCUUGUUUUGGAGAAACAGACACGAAUCCCUUUUUGUUUCCACCCUGUAAUUCUCUCCCUGGACUUUCUUUACUGCGGACAGCUCCACCUCCCUUAAGUUUGCCAAAAGAACCUGGGGUCUGCUGUGCGGUUGUUAGCAUAAUAGGUUGUACGUUGCUGUGGGGCUUAUGUUGCAGUCGCUAUCUUUCUCUUGUCAAAAGUCUUUAGUGGAAAAAGAGCCGAGGGUUUAAUUUCCUGCUGUUCAGACUCUUUCCAACCCCCCCCCCCCUUGCUGGCCUCCUUUAAAAAAAAAACAAAAAACCCAACAACUUUUGCUUCUUUUAUUUUUAUGACAAUGAUUUUCUUUUUCUCCCAGUCUUUCUCGAAUGUUUGAUUUAUAUAGAUAUGCAUGCCAGUGUGUGGUACCCCUGCAGGACAGAGGCUUUCAAUAAAUUUCUUUAUCAGUAGGAGUGAGAAUAAGAUGGCUCAGGAACUCGGGGUGGUAUUUAUGACAAAUCGCAUCCUAUCAAGAGAGGUCAGGCGAAUGUGAGCAAGCAAAUUAAAGCGUAGUAGACCAGACAUCGCCACGAGCUUUUAAGGAACAAAAGCCGACAUCUAGUUUAUUCAUCGAGUCGACGCUUCUGAUUGAACAAGUGCCAGGAAGUCUUAUUGCUUGUCGUUUGAUAGAUCUGCUUUUUCCUUUUUUGGAAGCUGUGAAAAAUAAAAGCACUGGGUGGCAUUUUAGCAACGUGGUCUGUUAAUGAUGUUGGAUGGGUGUUAAUGAUAAGGGAGGAGUCUCUCUCUCUCUCUCUCUAUCUCUGUUUGUGUGUGUCUGUCUGUGUGUGUGUUUGUGUUUGUAUGGACCAAUUUGACCCAUUGAAUGUUAUUGUUGGUGCAUGACAUGCAGCAGUACAGUGGCAAAUCCAGAAGGGCAGGGUCCUUUCCUGAUAGUCAGGGCUACACCCCUUCCAAGAUUAUACUUCCUAGAAUUAUAUAAUGGGGAAUGCAUUGCAACGGUCGGUACAGAUCUCCAUGUGUUGCCUUUCACCCAGACCUGUGCAGGUACGUGGGCAAAUGAUCUGGAGUGCUCUAAUAUCUUCUUUUGAAGUCCCACCAUACAGUACAGAACUUGCACACUCCCUUCCCUUGAAAUGGAAGCAACUUGUGUUUCCAAUUUCCCCAAGUGCUUAGCUUUGGAGCGUUUGGGAACAACUCCUCUGUGUUCUCCCCUUGCGACUUCUCCAGAGCUGACCCUAGGAGCCGAUUCUCGGUGGCUGACUCCACCUCCUUCACUCUGAUUGGCUCCAGUUAGCCCAGAGGGUGAGAGAACUUAUUUUCAGUGGCUAAAAAGCUCUCUUUCCAAGCUGAUUGGGUGGCUCUCUAGGACAAUGUAGGGCAGGGGGCCCUGCUACAGAAAUAGUAACGGGUCUUUAACACACACUCCCAGUGACCCUAGGCCCCUAUACUAAUGUUAGCAUGGACUCCUUUUUGGAAAGGCAGCGGUAGCUUUACUGAUAAAUUGAUCCAAGACUUUUAAAGUGAGCCCACCAACGCAUGCUCCUCUUAGCCGCACCAAAAAUUGUGGUCAAAUGAAAGUAUCUGUAUUUGUAUGUUGAUGUACAGUACCGGUUCACACUUAAAAGGGGGAAACCGUGGAUUCCUGCCAUGUGAAUGAGCCUUGGGAAGCCCCUUGGGAAGAAACUGGGAACUGAAGCCACUUAGAAUUGUAGAGUUGGAAGGGACCACGAGGGUCAUCCAGUCCAGCCCCCUGCCAAUGCAGGAAUCUUGUCCCCAAAGUGGGUCUCGAACCCAUGGCGCUGAGCUUUAAGAGUCUCAUGCUCUACUAAUUGAGCUAUCUCUGCAGCUAACGUCGCUGCUUUGUGCUGACUAGAGUUUGAAGCAAACCACAGUUUCCCAAGUUUGGACUUCAAAGGAAACAGUGAUUUAGUUAAAAGUGGGUGUUCCCAAUUUCCUCCUUGCUGUGAAAGGAGAGGUGAGGCCAAGACUCGUUGGAAGGUUCGUUCACAUAGUGGGGGAACCAUGGCUUCCCCACUACAUUUGAACAAGUGGAAGUUUAGCACUUCUGUGUAGAUUGCUACAAGAGAGAGAGAGAGAGAAUGAGAGAGGGAGAGAGAAAUCCCGUUGCAACUCCAUUAACCCAGAAAAGAGCAGGAGCCAAGUGACAAAAUUUGGGGUGGUAAAUCAGCAAAUGGUUCUUCCUGGCCAUUUCCGUGGGUGAAUCGUGGGGGAACAGAAGUGUGCAUGUGUGGAAAGGGUGGGGGAGUAGUUGCAUGGCCAGUGUUUAGGGUGACCUGCCAGUAUAUCAGUAAAAAACAACAGCAACCCCAAAGUUCCGUGAUGCAACAGUUCCUGCAGUGUGAAAGGAAUGUUACAAAUGAGCACAGAAGUGCCAGCAUCCUAACUGGGAAAAUGCUGCAAUAAAUCCCGUGUCUGAAUUCAGCCUUGCUAUGGUUCCUAGUGCUUUCUUCAUAGAGUUGGAGAACUGUAGAGUUGGAAAGGAUUCCAAGGGUCAUUUAGUACAACCCAGAACCACAGCUAAAGAGCUACUUUUUAGAAGAUUCCUCCUUGCUUGAUGUGCCUUGUGAACAAGAGUUCCUGCACUUUCUUUCUAAUUCCAGAAAGAUCUCAUGGCUCUCUAAUGGCGUCGUUAUUAUCGCUUGCCUUGUUGUUUGUUCUUGCUAGUGACGAGCCAUAAAUUUUUUUUUACAUGCUCGUAAAUUUCUCUUAAGUGCUUCAGAGCGAGCGACUGUGGAGAGCUUAGUUAACUCAGCGUUGCAGCCUUAAAAAGGAGGGGGGGGCGACAUUUGUUGUGUAUGUCAUUUAACUAAAUGCCGUAGAACUGAGCAGACCGUCCCUCCUAAAAUGCAGAAGUGUGUAAAAAGGAAGCUGGUUUAUUGUUACAAGUAUAUCCCACCUUUUCUCCAUGGAGCUCAAGGUGGUAGACGUGAUUCUUCUCCUUUGCUGUGUUAUCCCCAAAAGGUUAGUGCUGAGACUUAGUUACUGGACCGAGGCCACUCUCUGAGUUUUGUGGCCAAGAGCGGGAUUUGAACCCUGGUCUCCCAGGCCCUACUCUGAUGCUCUAACCACUACAGCACAUUGGCUGGUGGUGUGGCUGCUACAGGGUGGUAAUAAUAACAACAACGAUAAUGAUAAUAUUAUUUAUACCUUGCCCAUCUGGCUGGGUUUCCCCAACCACUGUGGGCAGCUUACAGCAUAUCUAAAAACAUCAAGCGUUUAAAAACCUUCCGAUGCAGGGCUGCCUUCAGGUGUCUUCUAAAAGUUGUGUAAUUCUUUAUCACCUUGACAUCUGAGGGGAGGGUGCCACUACUGAGAAGGACCUCUGCCUGGUCCCUGAAUUUGUUGCAGCCUGCCAAAACUAUUCUUUCCUUCUGCCUCCUGAAACUUUCUCCGCAGGCUACGGUUUGCCAGACGACAUUGUGAUAGAGAAACGAGGGAAGGGGGACGCUUUUGUGGAGUGCAGUGCCGCGGAUGUGAAAAUCUCCAGUGUGAAGCUGGUCCAGCACGAUGCCGUGGAGGGCAUCUUGAGUAAGUACCUUAAGCUUGCCACCUGGCUUUGGCGUGCCACCCCCUAGGCUGGACUGAGGAACUAAGUGGUGGAUUGGGCCCCGUCCCUCUUCUGCUGUGCCAACCCUAAUAACAGGUGAAAUAGACAGUCUAAGACGAUUGCCGUAACUUGAUCCAUGCCUGGAUGACUUCUGUUACUACUCGUGUAUGGUGGGAUUGAAAUACCCCAAGAUUUUUCUGCCUUGGUGGUGCUGCCAAAGAGGAGAGGGUUGCCUUAACCCAGCAGGCCAGCAUGCAAGGCUCAUGAUUUGGCUUGCAAAUUGUCCAGGCACCACCCCCAUUCUUCAUCUGUUGUUUUUUUCUUGCUCUUUCCCUUCCUCCUUAUCUGAAUUUGGGGUGGGGAGGCCCAGAUCUGUAAUUCCGCAGAGGAGUGGUUCCGAAUACCAGUUUCUGUUUACCACAGGAGGGCAGAGAGCAAGUCACACUGCAGUGCUGUUCACAGGCUUCCCAUUGGGGAAUCUGGCUGGCCACUGUGAGAACAGGAUGCUGGACUCGAUGAGCCAUUGGCCUGAUCCAGCAGGCUCUUUUUAUGUUCCUACCCUUUAAUGGUAGGGACCCAGUUUAAUUCUUAGAAACAUCAUAUUCCUAACAUCAUCCCCCUGCAUCUGUUGCAUCAAAGCAGCACCUAUUUGUUCUAAUUCAAGUUUCAUCUUCUUACCUUUCACCUCUGCUUUUAUUAAUAACCUAGUUCUGCUGUCACCAUUGUGGUUCGCCCUCCAGAUGUGUUGGGCUGUGACUCCAAUCAACCAUGCUGGCGGAUGUUGUGCUGGCUGCGGCUGAUGGGAGUGGACAUCCAAAACAUUGGGGGGGGGGGACCUCAUUGGCAGCUGGUGAUCGAUGGUCUGUUCCAGAGAGGCAUGUCAUAACAUGGAUACUUUACCCGCCCGUCCCCAUCGUUUGAUAUCAAAAGUUUAAUUUUUAAAUUUUUGUUCCAUAAUGGGAAUCUGGCACCCCUCCACCCCUAUCUGAAUUUGACAACAAUCUUGUUGGCUCUGCCCUUCUGUCUUCUGGAGCAGGUGAUAAUUAACACUUCGUCAUCGAGAGGUAGAUUUGAAUAACAAAUGUUACAUGGGCUAGCAAGACUAUUUCAGCACCUUCUACAUGUGAAAAUAUAUUCACGCACCACGAAAAGAGAGGGUUCUUGGGCCACUGCUGGAGAGAAGUUACUAACUGUAUGUCCCUAAAAUGUUCUUACGAAGAGUAACUUUCUGUAAAAAUUCUGGCUGUCGCAAUAAAUACUUAAUGGCGGGUGGGGAGGAGAAAAAUAGGAGGUCCAGAGGCCAAUUCUGGCCUGCAAAGGCUUCCUGUUCAGUUCCAGCGUUGCCCCUGCUUCCAAAGGACCUUCUCACCCCACAUACACAAUUGUUCAUUUGUUUAGAAGAUUUUCACCUGCCUCUCAAUAGGACACUUCUCCAAAGUGGGUAGCGACAACUCAAACCACAAAAUGCAAUCCAAAAAAAACAACAACAAACCACUUGAGAAAACGAUUCAGCAGGAAAAGUUUCCAGCAGCUAAUAAUUGUAGACCUGGUGCAACUUCCAGCAUGGCAAUAUGUCUUGAAAAUAAGCCACUGAAAUGUUCCCCCUAAAGACGAAUCCAUCACUCUAGAACUAAUGAGUGACAAUUUUGCAGUGGACCAGCAACCAAAGGUUAUAUUGUAGUGUGAAGAGUUUCUGUUCGUGAUGCUUUUGCAUCUGUCCCUCCAACCCCUGGUCUCCCGCCCCCCGCUGCACAAAAGACACUUGGGUCUUCUGUUGCCUUCUACUGAAUCAGGCCACUGUCUCUCUAGCUCAGGAUCCUUGAUACAGAAUGGCAGAGCUCUAGUGUUCAACACAGGGGACAUUCCCAGACCUACCUGGAUGUGCUGGAACCUGGGACCUUCUGCAUGCAAAGCACAUUCUCUACCACUGAGCUUCCCCAGGCUUGCAUAACUCGAACACUCUAGAAUUCCUUGCUUGUGUUUGUUGGGGUUCACCAGGAACCACUUCUAAAUCUGGGCUACAGGUGCAGCAGCUCAGAGCGUUCUUCUCUCUCCCUCCCACCCAGGUGUUCAUCAAGGGAAGACCACCCUGGAGAACUGCGUGUUGCAGUGCGAGACCACAGGGGUGGCAGUGCGAACAUCGGCUGAGCUUUUAAUGAAAAAUUCCGACUUGUACGGUGCUAAGGUAGGAAUUGAUGCUCUUCUUGCGAUUGACAGACGCAUUGAAAAGGAAACAAAAGCAGCUUCGGCAGAUACGUUCGACGCCGGCUAAUAAUCCUCUCCUCUUUCAAAAGCACACGCGAGGCGCUUCCUCGGAUACGCUGGAAAAUUACAGAAAUUGCAAGAAGAUUACAAACAGUUACUAUAAAAUAGGUUUGCCCUUUCAAAUCAGUUUAUCUAGCAUUGUGUGGCGUUUGCAACGUGUGACAGGGCUUUUGAGCAACUUUUUGUUGUUCUGGUUAGAGCAGAAUGCGGACCACGCAAAUGCCACCCUCACCAGGCAUCGCUCGCCGCAUGCGCACUUGAACUGUUGACCAGAGCAAAGUUCAUUUGUCGAUUAUCCAGGAGUCUAGGCCUUAUUGAUUUCUCCAACAGCCUCUUAGAAUUGCCUAUUGAUUAGCAACAUCUCCGCCUCUUAAUUGCAGGGUGCCGGUGUAGAAAUCUAUCCGGGCAGCAUGUGUACGUUGAUGGGGAACGGCAUACACCAUUGCAAAGAAGGAAUCCUAAUAAAAGUGAGUGUGUGAGCAGAAUUGGGGUUAGCAGGGCUGCUUCCUAUGCUUCUGGUAACAUCAGAUUGGCAGAGCUGUGUGGGCAGAGAGAAGGGCAUAGUUUCAUGAGCUCUCAUUGGUUUGAAUGUCUCUGUAAGCUGCACAUCAGCUGUGGGAAACCUGUGAUUCUUCAGAUGCAGCUGAUCUGGAGUUCCCACCAUUGGCCAUGCUUGGCUGGGGCUGUUGGGAAGAUGCAGCCCAAGAACACCUUGGGGGGGGCACCUCAACCCUGCCAUAAACUAUGACUUAGACUGUGCGACCAAAUUGCACCCUUUUUGCUCCUCCUGGCUCACUCUAGGAGGAAAGAAGUCACCAUCCCUGGCUUAGUGUUAUGCUGGAACCUGCUUUUGGUCUCUCCAUCGUGGUCAUUAUUGUCCACUGUGAUCUGAUGGGGAGGAUCUGUUGAUUGGAUUACAUAGCACCUGGCUGUGGUCUAGAAGAGGGCCUUCUCUGUAGUGGCACCUACCCUGUGACCUCCCUAUUGGACUGCUGCCACUGGAAGUUAAAAAUGUAUUUAUUUCCUCAUACGAUUCCCUGACCAUUUUUCCCUUUCUAGUUUCUGGUGUUGAUCUCGUUGUCUGUCUUUGAUCUGACAGUUGAGUUUUGUUGAUUUUGUUCUUAUUAAAUAUUAUCCUACAUUUAUUAUUAUUAUGGGAACCGCUUUGACAAUUGUCACAGUAGAGGAAAAGUACCUUGGAUCCCGAAUGUCCGACUUGGCUUCCACGGCUUCCUGCAGCCAAUUGGAAGCCGUGCUUUGUUUUCUCAACAUUUUGGAAGUCAAACGGAUUCCGUUCGACUUCCGAGGUACCACUGUAUAAACGUCCUAGUAAUAAAUAUAUGAAAUGAGAAGACGAGCAAUCUUACCUUCUGGACUGGGAAUCUCUCUCACCCUUGGCUUUUAGGACUUUUUGGAUGAAAAUUAUGACAUUCCCAAGAUAACGAUGGUGAACAAUGUAAUACAUAAUAAUGAAGGGUAUGGAGUGGUCCUGGUGAAGCCUACUGUCAAAGAGAGCGCUCCAGAAAGCUCAGGAGGCACAUUCUUAAGUGGCCCAGGUAAGUUAAUGAAAGGCAACAAUACCUGUGAACUGCCCUGAGGCCUGCGGGUAUAGGGCCGUAUAUAAAUUCAAUAAAUUAAUAAUAAUAAUAAUGCCUAUUCUGAACCCCAGGAUAAGAGGAGCCAUGCUGGAUCAGGCCAGUGGCCCAUCUGGUCCAGCAUCCUGUUCUCACAGUGGCCAACCAGAGACCCCAAUGGGACGCCUGCAAGCUGGCCAUGAGCACAGAAGCUGUGGCCUCCUGUGGUUUCCAGCAACUGGCAUUCAGGACUGUUGCUGCCUCCAACCAUGGAGGCAGACAUAGCCAGGAUGGCUAAUAGCCCUUCCCAUGAUGAACUGCUUUGCCUUUCGCCAGGUUGAUGCAUUCAGAGGGGGGCUCUCUUGGCGGUUCCUCCACCCACAGAGCCUUGGGGGGUGGCAGCCUGGGCGAGGACCCUUCUCUGUGGCAGCUCCUAAGCUGUGGAACUCCCCACAGAGGUAUGUUUAGCACCUUCAUUAUACAGUUUCAGGAGGAUGCUGAAGAUGCAUCUUUUGUCCCUGGUUUUUUGACACUUGAGGUGUACAUUUUCAGGUCCUGUCUUAUUGUUAGGAUUCAAAGUUUCAAACUGUUUUUAAGAUGUGGUAGUCAAUGAAAUCAAUCGUACGUAUGGAUUCCACUUAAUGUCGUUGUUUCUGGCUUAGAGCAAGCAAAGGACCUUCAUCCCACGGGCGACGUCUCCAUCCCGGUUUGCGAAGAUGCACAUCAACAGGUCGGUGGUGGGUGGGAGCCUCAUGGAAGGGCAGGCAUUUCUGAGCACACGGAAGGCAAUUCUGAAAUCGCCAACGAACUUUCCGCCGCAUCUCUCAAGAAGAGCCAUCUGCGUAAGAAGAGGCUGAGCAACUUGGGCAUCACGGAAGCGGACGACAACCUGAUGUCUCAGGAGAUGUUUGUGUCCAUUGUGGGCAACCACUUCAAGCGAAAUGGCAAAGGGAGCUUUGGCACAUUUCUCUACUAGAUUUCCUUAGUAGAAUGGCAUUGGAAUAAUAUAUAGCCUGGCUGCCGGCUGGCUUGCUGCCGAGUAGCUGAAACUGUUGACAUCCAUCCCUUAAAAAUAAUUAUUAUUAUUUGGCUCCAUUCCUUGCUUGCGUGUGAUUCCAGUGUAUUUAUUCUCCUAUGCAGCACGUCUGUUGCACAACUGAAGUUUCUACUCCUUGGUGUGAGUUUUGAACCCAGCACUUGAGAGUAAAAGAAAACUUCCCCAUGGAGCCUUUCGAAUGGAUAUUCUCCCUUUCUACUUGCUAUACAUACAUACAUACAUACAUACAUACAUAUAUCACUUACUGUAUUUAUUUCUGAUAGAAGACACCUUAUUAAAAAAUACAUUUGAAGCUCCAGCUGCAGGAGGAAGGAGGCUGUUCACAGUACCGUAAAACUGUUGACCUCUUAACCACAGCUGAAAAGUGUGCUUUGCUUCCUACGUAGUAGUGGUGGUCUAUUAUUUUCAGCUGUUUUUAAAUAAAACCUUUUUUAAAAUAUAUAUUUAGGAAAUUGUCCCCCCUCUUUGUUUUGUACAGAGUUCUGUCGGUCCCUUUCAAUAAACAUUACCUGUUACACAGC